CCGGCUGGGGGCGGGGUCGGGCCGGUUCAGGGGUCAAGUCGGGUUUCCGUGGUGUCAACGCUUUGCGGCCUACCGUCGGCAGCGCUGUUUUGGAGCGGGCCGCCGAGUGUAAGCGGGCGAUAUAUCCGACAUGGAAAGCAGAGCGUUCAGGAACCCGUACCCCGAUUAUGAAGGGCUGGCUUCUAUACAGAGGCUGUUUGACUCCGCCGGGAAUUUAACCAGUGACUUCAUUCAGCAACUGCAGAGCAAGAUCAGUGAAUUAUUGCAGCAUAUGGAAAAUGGGUUGAUAAAGGGUGAUGAAACGGACUGCACCAGCUACACUGGAUGGGCAGGGAUUGCUUUACUAUAUCUGCAUCUACACAAUAUUUAUGGAGAUCAGUCCUUCCUGCAGAAAGCUCUACAGUACGUCAAUAAGAGUCUGAAAUGUCUCACUGGGCGUGUAGUCACUUUCCUGUGUGGUGACGCAGGCCCGCUGGCAGUAGCUGCAGUUGUGCAUCAUAAGCUGCGGCAGACUCAAGAAUCAGACGCUUACAUCAAUCAGCUUCUCCAACUACAUCAAUCUGUAGUGAAACUGAAUUCAAGACUGCCAGAUGAAAUGCUCUACGGACGGAUCGGAUAUCUAUAUGCGUUAUUAUUUGUUAAUGAUCAGUUUGGCACUGAAAAAAUAUCAAUGCAGUACAUGAAACAGGUUUGUGAUGCUGUCAUAAGUUCUGGAGAAAAGUUAAGUAGCAGAAAACGUAUUUCCAAAAGCCCAUUGAUGUACGAGUGGUACCAGGAGUAUUAUGUUGGAGCAGCUCACGGCUUAGCUGGAAUCUAUUAUUUCCUGAUGCAACCAGAACUCGGUGUUGACCAAGAUACACUUGUUAAGCUGGUGAAACCCAGUGUGGACUAUGUUUGUCAGCUCAAGUUUUCAUCAGGAAAUUAUCCUCCCUGUAUUGGUGAAUCUAGAGAUAACCUAGUUCACUGGUGUCAUGGGUCACCUGGCGUGAUUUACAUGCUCAUACAAGCUUAUAAGAUUUUCAAAGAAGAACGAUAUCUGCAAGAUGCUUCUGAUUGUGCAGAAGUGAUUUGGCACAGAGGGCUGUUAAAGAAAGGAUAUGGACUGUGCCAUGGUCCUGCUGGCAAUGCUUAUGGAUUCCUGGCCAUGUAUAAUCUUACUGGAGAUAAGAAGUAUUUGUACAGAGCUUGCAAGUUUGCAGAAUGGUGUUUUGAUUAUGGGAAACAUGGCUGUAGAACACCAGACAGUCCUUUUUCUCUCUUUGAAGGGAUGGCAGGAACUAUUUACUUUCUUGCUGACUUGCUGCAGCCCACAAAGGCAAAAUUCCCUGCGUUUGAGGUGUGAUUCAACCAUGGUAUCAGUGCACAUUAUUAGAUCUGAUGCAUUGCUUUCUCCAGUAAAACAACUAAUGCAUGUUUCUGUUAUGAACCAAGAACACAGAAGAAAAUGUUGGAGGAGAGAUUGUGAUGAGUAACUUCACUUUACCUAGUACUCUACUCUUUAAGUGCUCCAUUCCAUAACUGAAGGUUUUCUUGCAUGACGUAAAUAUUGCAUUUUUGUAAAAGCAAUAACAGUGGAAGAAUGGUUUCUCUACUCACAGUGCACAAUGUCUUGGGAUGUAUUAUUGCAGUGUAAGCCUAGUACGUGACUUUUAUUCUGAAACCAUACUUGUGCACUACAUAUGCCACAAGCAUAUGAAGUCUGUUUCGCAGUAAAUGUGUGAUGCUGAGUACCUGCUAUUUAUACAGUCCUGGCAGUGAUCCACAUUAAACCAUUUUUCCAAAGCAGUAAUGUUAAUUAACUGGUUUGUUUGAAAGACCUUGCACUGUUUGUGUUUAGAUGUAUUUUUUGAAGCAUCUUUGUCAGCCAUUGUCCUUCCUCUUUCCUCAAGGGUAGCACUUUUCUAAAUGACUGGCUAAUAGCGCAGGGCUUUAUGAUGGAGCUAGUGGUAUACUGCACACGAGCAUUUAUUUUCCAAAGUGUGCUCAAUAUAAAAAAGUAUUAUAAAUUGCUCACUACUUUAGUUCAUUCAGUUCUCCAUGUACUUUUUAAAGAGUUUUCUGGGGUUGUAGUAAGUUUCCAUUUUAUCUUAAUAUUAACAUUGAAAAUAUGCCAAGUAACUGAAAUUCUCCUUAGUUUGUAGUGAAUUAAUGCUCUUGUUCAUCCUCUUUAUAUUAAUCAUAUGGAACUUAUCAUUCUAUAACCAUACGUAUUCAGUUUUGAUUUUUGUUCAGUGGCAUUUAGAUGCUGGUGUUUUUGCUUGCUUUAUAAAGCAAUUAAACGACUACCAUAAAACUUGCAGCUUUCCAGUCUUCACUGACAACUGAGUGUUUAAUUAUAUAAUAUAGAAAUUUGUUUCCUGGUCUGUAAUCUGUGCAAAGUCAUACUGCAUUUAAAGCAAAAUCUGUUCACAAAAUAAUCUGUGAAUUAAAAACAAAAUAAAAUAAAAAUGUUUCUGUUG